AUGCUUGCAAUAAUCAGCGUCAGUGCCUCUAUCCACCCACCGCAAACCCACUCCUCACCCAACAUUGAGACUACAUUCCUUUACUUAGCGUAUAAGAAACGUAGCGAACAUAAAGAGAAGUGGCUACCAACCACUUUGUUUAUUAUUGCAUCGCUAUCUUUCAUCGCCCAUACGACAGCAAUCACCGAGAAAAAUAAGCAAUAUCAUGGCCACUUGAUACCUGCGAGAGCCACAAAAACAAUCCACAAUUGCUACUCAGCUUCACUUCAACGAAAGCAAUUCUUUUCCAACAAAAAGAAAAGUAAGAAGCACCACAGUACCUCCUCAUUAUCUGAUCAUCCUCAUCCUCAUCCUCAUCAGCGAAAGAGGUCUUUGGAAAAGCGAUCCAAAAUUGAAACGCUUUACAUUUGCACAACUACAAAAAAAAACCACUCUUCCACAGUCCAUGUCAAACAACACGACAAACUUCCUCAUAAAAAACAUAAAAAACAUAAAAAAUCAUCCGCUUCUAAGCAUCACCAUGAGAAGCACCGCAAGCAUGGUAGCAGUAAUGAAAAAAACCAUCAAAAGGCGAAAGAAGAUGCCCAUAAAAAAUCAGGAACAAAGAAUUUUGCUGCUAAGAAAAAGCAUAAAGACCGCACAAAGUUAACCGUGCAUUACGGCAAAUCUUUGUCAGUUACGAAAACUAAUAAAAAAUUUCAUAAAUUUCGUGAAACCUCAACGACGACCCAUCCUACUGAACCAACCGUCUUGCCUUAUUCAAUGGGUACGAUGAACCCACAGAAGGAGAAAGAUGGAGAGAAAGAUACCUAUUCUGUCCAAGAUAAAAAGCAAGAAACAGUUGUCAACAGCAGUGUGAGUAAUGAUGAUAGCGACAAUGACAGUAACUCUGAUAUCACUCAAUCACAACCUACGACGAAGGAGGACAACAGUGUCAAUGAGACGGAACAAGAGGACGAGGAUGGAGCUGAUGAUACGGAUACGGAGGACGAUUUUGCAACAGAUUCAGUCGCCCCGUCUUCGAUUGACCUCGUAUCCGUUCCUCUUCCUACUUCACCUGUCAAUGCUCCUAUCCCUCCUGUCGAUAAUAACAACCAAGUCACUGCUCAAACUGUUCAAAAUGGUCAAGCGGUGGAUAACGAGCCUCAAAAUAAAAUCAUUGGCGUAUCUGUCGGUGCUGUUGUAGGUUGUUUAGCAGCUGCUGGCUUGGCAGGCAUGUUUAUCUAUAAGCGCAAACAGAAAUCAGACCAAGACCAGACGAGCGAUUUUAACCGUCAUAGCAGCGGUGGAUGGGGCAGCAACGGCGGCGAUAUGGAGGAGGCUACACGAGUGAAUACUCGUUGGCGUACACAAUCCUUUUUGGCCGUAGUGACUGGCGCUGUGGCCAAAUUACCUGCUCAACGUAGCAACAGUAGUAGCUCCUCAAGAUCUGGAGGAAGCUUUUUGGGAAGCAUACGACGCGCUGCUAGUCAAGCUUCACGUUCUCUCUCCGUCCGUUCAAACAAUGCUUCUCUCAAGCGAAGCUCUUCCGGGAAUAGCAGUGUGCAAAGCUACGGCAUUGCUGUCUCUGGCCCUAUGCCGUCUAUUGUCCGCGUAGACGGCGAUCAAGCUCAUUAUUAUACUGAAUCGAAUAGUCCCUCCUUAUCCUCUGCUCAUGGCUCUCCUCCAGAACAAUACAAUCAAGUUUAUCAUACCCAUGCGUAUUAG